GGCUCCCCAGUUCCAGUCUCAACUCUCAAAUUGCCGAAUCUUGGGAACCGCUCUGCGUGCUCUCUACCUUGUCCGAAGGCGGCGAUGGGUUGCCUAUCCAUUCCCAUCGUCAGCCCAUGAAAAAUCUAUUCUCUUCUCAAUUCAUUUCUCUCGAAACCUUACCCUCUACGCCACUCAAACCCCUUAUGGCCUCGUCUCUAACCCAUGCCCUCUGCCAAGAUCCUCCUCCUCCACACCUAGAUGACCUUCUCUGUUCUAAACCACAGCAACACCAAACGGAAGACGAUAACGAUACCUCUUUGCCUGAUACGUCGUCGUCCUUCUGCUUGGGCUCCCCUAGUCGGUACCUGAGCGGAGAGUCUAGGGUGGAGCGAGCAUGGUCCCACUGGACGAAGCUGGGCCGACCCAAGUUGAUUGUUGCUCCUAUGGUGGACAAUUCGGAGCUGCCGUUUCGAAUGCUUUGUAGAAAAUAUGGGGCCGACGCUGCUUAUACUCCGAUGUUGCAUUCCAGGAUUUUCACUGAGAACGAAAAGUAUCGAAACCAGGAAUUUACUACUUGUCAGGAAGAUCGUCCAUUAUUUGUUCAAUUUUGUGCCAAUAAUCCAGACACCUUUUUGGAUGCUGCACGGAGGGUUGAACCUUAUUGUGAUUAUGUAGACAUUAAUCUGGGGUGUCCUCAGCGGAUAGCCAGACGGGGGAACUAUGGAGCUUUCUUAAUGGAUAAUCUUCCGCUUGUCAAAUCUUUAGUUGAAAAGUUGGCUUGCAACCUUCAUGUUCCUGUGUCUUGCAAAAUCCGGGUGUUCCCAAAAUUAGAGGAUACUAUUAAUUAUGCGAAAAUGUUGGAGGAAGCUGGUUGUUCCCUUUUAGCUGUCCAUGGUCGAACUAGAGAUGAGAAAGAUGGAAAGAAAUUCCGGGCUGACUGGAAGGCCAUCAAGGCUGUAAAAAGUGCUGUCAGAAUCCCAGUUCUUGCUAAUGGGAACAUCCGGCAUAUGGAUGAUGUUCAGAACUGUUUGGAAGAGACUGGUGCUGAUGGGGUGCUUUCGGCUGAAUCUCUCCUUGAGAAUCCAGCUCUAUUUGCUGGAUUUCGGACAGCUGAAUGGGUAAUUGGUGAUGAAAAAAGAAAUAGAGAUGGAAAUCUGGACCAGGCAGAUUUGUUAGUGGAGUAUUUGAAGCUUUGUGAAAAAUACCCUGUACCAUGGAGAAUGAUCCGCGCUCAUGUGCACAAGAUGUUGGGAGACUGGUUCAGGAUACAUCCUCAUGUAAGGGAAGAUCUCAAUGCACAAUCCAGGCUGACGUUUGAAUUUUUAUAUAAUAUAGUAGACCAACUCAGAGAGUUAGGUGGGAGGAUUCCACUUUAUCUGAAGGAUGUUGAAGUCGAUACACUGGCAGCAGAAGUUACUGCAAAUGGUUUGGCCAAUAAUUUUUGCAAUACAUGGUAGUUAGGUUGCUGGUGCACAUUAUUCAUACCAUGGAAAAUGAGAAUCAGUGAGCAGGUUAUCAUUAAUCAAUUUGUUGUCUCUUAUAAUAUUAUUAGACUGGAACAAUACAGCAAUUUGUGGUGCUAAUUAUUGCUAAUCCAUUUUUUGAGGAAGCAGAAGACAUUCCACCAGUCAGGCUGCACACACCCGAUUUUCCUCCCUCUAUCGCAUGGCAACUCUCGAAAUGCAUUUUUGUGUUGACUUUCUUUUAUUGUUGAUAUUUGUACCACGGAGAAGUAACUACUCGAAAGGCUGUAUUCUCUUUUUUUUUUUUUUUUCUGCGUAGAUUAUCUGUUAUCGUAUAAGAAAAACAAUGCUCUACAACGUGUCAGGUGCUGUAUUUCCCUGCUUCGGCUAACAUUUUCUGCCAGAAAAAUCUAAUAAAGCAAUUCAAUAGUAAAGGCAUUUGGAUUUUCGAAGAA